GGGGACCGGCUCGCUCUCACUUGGACAGCCAAAGAUUUUUCAUCACCAUUGUUUUUGGAGGGGAACCAUGCCUGUCCGGAGGGGUCAUGUUGCGCCACAAAACACGUUUUUGGGAGUAAUUAUUCGCAAAUUCGAAGGACAAAAUAAGAAAUUCAUCAUAGCUAAUGCCCGGGUGCAGAACUGCGCUAUUAUCUACUGUAAUGACGCCUUCUGCGAGAUGACGGGCUUCUCCCGGCCGGACGUCAUGCAGAAGCCGUGCACUUGUGACUUCCUGCACGGCCAGUUCACCAGCCGGCACGCGGUGGCCCAGGUGGCCCAGGCGCUGAUGGGCUCGGAGGAGCGCAAGGUGGAGAUCACCUACCACCGCAAGGAUGGUUCAAACUUCCUCUGCGCCACCCACAUCAUCCCGGUGAAGAACGAGGAGGGCGUGGUCAUGAUGUUCAUCCUGAACUUCGAUUACAUCCUGGACGAAGGCAGCAGUGACUCACUGGAGAGACUCAAUCACACCUCACCUUCCAAAGCUGACCAGCGGAAAGGGAGAUUCUUUCGCUUCCGUUUCCCGGCCUUACCUCUCCUGGGCAUCAGCAAGCAGUCCCUGCCGCAGGAGGACCCCGACGCCGUCAUGGUGGACUCCCCUCGCCACAGCGACGGCUCGGUGGCCACGCACGACUACCAGCUCCCCACCACCCGCGAGAGCUGCAGUCCCUCCUACGCCAACGACACCCGCGCCCUCAUCGGCCCCAGCCACUGCUCCACCCCCGUUUCGGGGCCUUUGGACCACUCGUCGCCCAAGGGGCCCUGGGACAGGAUAUACCAGGACCAGGCCAUUGCCCAGACCCAACACCAGAGCCAGCAGGACACAUUCGUCGCCGCUCCGUCAAUCCCGGGCCUCACUCCAACCCCCUCCAGAGAGAGUGUGUGCAGUAUUCGCAGAGCCUCCUCAGUGCAUGACAUGGAAGGCUGUGGGUCCAACUCCAAGAUGGCGUUCAGAGACAGACACGCCAGUGAAGACAACGGGCGCAAUAUCAAAGUGUCUCGCUCCUGGAUGGCUGGGGGGCCGCUCAGCCAGAUCAAGUCCAGCCUGCUCGGCUCCACCUCCGACUCCAACCUCAACAGGUACAGCACCAUCAACAAGAUCCCCCUCAUCACGCUCAACUUCUCCGAGGCCAACAACGAGAAGAAGUGCCCCUCGCCUCCCUCCUCCGAGAAAACCAUCAUCGCCCCAAAAGUCAAAGACCGCACACACAACGUCACCGACAAGGUCACACAGGUUCUGUCUCUCGGCGCCGAUGUCCUGCCCGAGUACAAGCUGCAGACGCCACGUAUGGACAAGUGGACCAUCCUUCACUACAGCCCCUUCAAAGCCGUGUGGGACUGGCUCAUCCUGCUGCUGGUCAUCUACACGGCCAUCUUCACGCCGUACUCCGCCGCCUUCCUCCUCAACGACAUCGAGGAGCAGAGGAGGCGGGAGUGCGGCUACUCCUGCUCGCCGCUGAACGUAGUGGAUCUGAUCGUGGACAUCAUGUUCAUCGUGGACAUCCUCAUAAACUUCAGAACCACGUACGUCAACGCCAACGAGGAGGUGGUCAGCCACCCGGCCAAGAUCGCCAUCCACUACUUCAAAGGCUGGUUCCUCAUAGACAUGGUCGCCGCCAUCCCGUUUGACCUGCUCAUCUUCGGUUCAGGGUCGGAUGAGACCACCACUCUGAUUGGUCUGCUGAAGACGGCCCGUCUCUUACGGCUGGUACGUGUCGCCCGUAAGUUGGACCGCUAUUCGGAGUACGGCGCCGCCGUCCUCAUGCUGCUCAUGUGCAUCUUCGCCCUCAUCGCCCAUUGGUUGGCGUGCAUCUGGUACGCGAUUGGCAACGUGGAGAAGCCUUAUCUGGAGCACAAGAUCGGCUGGCUGGACAACCUGGGGGUGUCGAUAGGAAAGAAAUACAACUACAGCGACCCCAGCUCGGGCCCCUCCAUCAAAGAUAAGUACGUCACAGCGCUCUAUUUCACCUUCAGCAGUCUGACCAGUGUGGGCUUCGGGAACGUCUCCCCCAACACCAACUCCGAGAAGAUCUUCUCCAUCUGCGUCAUGCUCAUCGGAUCUCUGAUGUACGCCAGCAUCUUCGGCAACGUGUCCGCCAUCAUCCAGAGGUUGUAUUCAGGUACAGCCAGGUAUCACCUCCAGAUGCUGCGGGUCAAAGAGUUCAUCCGCUUCCACCAGAUCCCAAACCCGCUGAGGCAGAGGCUGGAGGAGUACUUCCAACACGCCUGGACCUACACCAACGGCAUCGACAUGAAUAUGGUGCUGAAGGGUUUCCCAGAGUGCCUGCAGGCAGAUAUCUGCCUUCACCUCAACAAGAACCUCCUCCAGGGCUGUAAGGCGUUUCGCGGGGCCACCAAAGGCUGCCUGCGGGCCCUGGCCAUGAGGUUCAAGACCACCCACGCGCCCCCCGGAGACACCUUAGUCCACGGCGGAGACGUGCUCACGGCGCUUUACUUCGUCUCCCGCGGCUCCAUCGAAAUCCUCAAAGACGACGUGGUGGUGGCCAUCCUGGGUAAGAACGACAUCUUCGGCGAGAUGAUCCACCUGUUCGCCAAGCCGGGGAAGUCGUGCGCGGACGUGCGGGCGCUGAGUUACUGCGACCUUCACACCAUUCAGAGGGAGGAGAUUCUGGAGGUGCUGGACAUGUAUCCAGAGUUUGCAGACCACUUCCUCACCAACUUGGAGCUGACCUUUGACCUCCGCGAUGAAAACGCCAAGACGACGUUCCCGCAAGCAGCUGAUUCCAACACGGAUGACAUCAACUGUCGAAGGCGGGUGUCCUACAGGAGGAAGUCGUCCACAGGUUCCCACAACAAGGAGCCGGUGGCCACCUACUGCGACUCCAAGCAGGGGAGGCAGAUCUACGCCGCCUCGGCAACCGAGGAGAGGAGGGAGUCGGCCGAGGAGGCGGAGGACGAGGACGAGGAGGAGGAGGAGGAAGGCAGGGAGGAGGAAGAGGAGCAGAGGCCCUUGUGCUCCGGUGUGCCGGGCUACCCGGUAGUUAGGGACAACUCCCUGGGCUUCGGGCUGAGCGGCGCUCCCGACGCACAGGCCGGAGACAACACACAGGACCAGGCUUAUAAAGAGCACCAUGCAGAUGAGUGGGUGCGUCAGCGUCCCAGCCAGAGCGCAGAGGAGUCAACCCAGUGUCAGGAGACGCCGGCCGGGGAGGACGACAGCGACACGGACCUCACCUACGGAGAGGUGGAGCAACGUCUGGACCUGCUGCAGCAGCACCUCAACAGACUGGAGUCCCAGAUGACGGCAGACAUCCAGGCCAUCCUGCAGCUGCUCCAGAGGCAGACCACCGCCGGCCCCCCCGCCUACAGCACCGUCACCUCCAGCCCCGAGUACCAGAGGCCGGCCGUCAGGCUCCAGCCGCUGUCCGCCAUCCAGUCGGACCUCAGCCUCGGUCCUGCUCCACCUCGACCACAGAGCCCCGGCCCAGAGACGGCCCAGAACAAACCCAAAGAAACCUCCCCGGUCCUCCUCCACACAGAGACUCUUCCAGACGGGGACUUUGCCGGACUGCUCGACGAGGGCGACGCCGACACGGAGCAGAGACACACGCAGAACAACGCGCACACUCCAGAGCGACAGCACCACCAACAACAACAACAACAACAACAACAACAACAACAACAACAACAACAACAAGAGCAGCCACCGAGGUUCCCUUCAGGCCGACAAGCCUCUCUACCUGACGUCCCCAGCAGCUCAGGGAUGUUGGGACUCCACCGGCCAGUUUCUGACCCGGGGCUUCCAGGAAAGUAGACGACCCCCCCACCCACACUCUCACACACACACACACACACACACACACACACACACACACACACACACACACACACACACACACACACACACACACACACACACACACUCCUCCCCACCCUUUUACACUGACUGAAGGUCUUCUCUCAAGCUUGACUCAGGGUCUAAGAAAGAGACUGAAUAUGCAAAGGAAAACAAACUGUAGACUUUCUUCCAUUCCUUUUCGGAAAAUCUCUCCCACCCCCCGUCGCUACUCUGAUUUAGAUGUAUAAAGUCCAUUUAUACAGAGGUAUUUAUACACUAUAUUAUUAUCAUACUGUAUGUAAAGUCAUCAUCUACUGUGUACAUACUUCAAAUAGACCACUGCCAGCAACACGAGGCACCUGAUGUGCUUUUUCUAAAAGAGAUAUGCAUGUUUCUGUUUCCCAUCUUUUCUGUUGCAUGUUCCUCACACACGCUGACACUCACCAGGUGUGACCUCGGCAUGCUCUCACACACACACACACACACGCACAUGCACAUGCACACACGCACCACUGUAGCUCUCCAGUCUCAUUUUCUAUGACUCUUCCCUCCUCGCGGGGACAAAAAAAGCUUCUUGAAAACUCAUCUCGUAUCAGCGGCUCCAACACAAUUGACGCAGUUACAAACUCCGGCGGAGAUCUGUCUGUAUAUUUAGCGUGCCUACUGUACACCACAUUGCCACAACACAAGGAAACCACUUCUCAUUCAGCUCAAAAAAUACACGACACAGUGCGACACCAUCGUGUGUGGAGGCUGCGUGGACAUGCCAUAGCACAACAAGACUUUUGUCAGCCUUUGAGAGCAAUAAUGACGAACCAGACUAACCGCACUGAACCGUGGUGUGUGUGUGUUUCUAGAGUUUAAUACACUUUGGAAAUAAUUUUAUACCUGACCGAAGAAAAAGCGUUUGUGUUGGGAUUUCAUUCGCUUGCAAACAUCAAGAGGUUAACUGUAAAUGUUCAAGGCACAAAACGAGGAGACCACAACUUAUAAUGAACAUAUAAUUGCCUGCAUCAUAUGAAUAUUACACGAGCAUGGUUGUGGGGUUUUUACAGUUGUAGUCGAAGCUUGUGACGGACGUUUAUGUCGAAGCAGUUUUGGGGAUUUUAAUGAAGAACUUCAUCUAAUUGGUCACAAAUAUACAAACAGCUGAGCGUCGCCUUAAUCAACCCUGAAAAAUCCUCCCUCUCCGUUAUCGUCUCUGCGAAGCAUGAGAUCCACUGGCGGCCGAACAGCGUGACGAUCUGGAGCAGUUGUCCCUCAGCAGCAGGCCACAGUUUGGCUUUUAAGGAGCUCACUGUUCCCACUAGUUUGUAAUGAGUGACUAAUUACAGUGAUGAUGUUUGGACCUGAGGUUGCUAGGCCACCAGUAUUUCUAGUUCACAGUGCUGUAAGUUGCUGCCUGUAUAUUUUUGACCCACAAUAAAAUGUAUAAAGGAAACCAAACGUACUUUCUUUUAAGGACAUUUCUCAAUCAAUCAUUGUGUCAUAAAAUAAAAUCCUCAACCUGCCUUGACAUAAAUGUCCGUUACAAGAGUGUGAAAUUGUUAAAGUUUGACUGCAGCUGUGAUUCAGCUGGACAGGAAGUGACAUCCUGACUCCUCCUCACAGCUGGAGGGAACCGACUGUCCCUCAUGAUACUUUUUGGUUGCAUGCUUCAGGUCUUCCAUUAUCUUUAUGAAAAGUAUUAAAUUUCCUAAAUAAAUAAUCAUAACUAACAAACAUCAUGUGGGGGAAAAAAAAAAAUACACAAACAACAACAAAAAAGAGUUCAGCCUUCAAUAGCCUUAGCUUUAUUAGCCUGUUAUAGCCUUUACAAACGACGUCGCUCCAACGCACCAAAAACCUGCUUCUCCACCGUCACAGAUGUAAAUGCACCGAACCAUGAACUGCAUGAAGAUGAAUUAGUCCUUUUUAGUUUUCUAACACCGAUUCCAACACGAGCUCACGUAUUGCAUGGAGACUGCACUCGACUAAAUUAUGAGAAAAGGUCUCAAUCGGCUGUGUGCGACAGUUAAGACCUAUUUUUCUAAAAAAAAAAAACAACAACAACAACAACAACAACAACAAAACAAAGUAUUUUAAUUUGCCAUUAUUUUUCUAUGUAUCUGAUUUUGUUCUUAAAAAACAAAACAAACAAAAAAACCCUGAUGUUAGUGUGGACUGCGGAUGGCAUGAUGGGAAGGUGAUGAACGCACAGCCUCUCAAUGUAGCAAGAGACGUGAGUGAGCAGCACCUGCAGCCGUGAUUAGUUUGUCUUGGACUGAUGUUGCACAUUGAUUUUCAUGUCAUUUCUAUAUUGACUUUUCCCCUCUGAACUCACUUAAACAAGCCUGGGCUUCAUGUUAACCUCCCCACCCUCCCCCCUCCUCACCCCUGCUGAAAACACGUUGAAGAGAUGACAGGGUGCAGACGACAGGAAAGAGAAGAAGAGGUGAGAGAUGAUGGGAUGGAAGAGAAACCUUUACUUUACGGGACACGAACGUGGGGUGCUUUCUUUGAUAAGCUUUCUUUCUCGAGCACAGAUGUAGAACAAAAGUUGCUAAAAGCCUAAACUCCUGAAGAGUCGUCUCCUGAACUUUCACGGGAUUCGCAAACUUUUGCACAGAGAUUAGAAAAAACUCGCUGUACUGGAUAUAAAUGUCACUUUUUAAAUCUAGUGCUGUUCACAAUUGUUUUUAUGCAUUUUUUUAAAUGUUUGCCACUGUAUUUUAUACAAUGCAACACUUAACAGCUAAUUUGAAUGUUUCCGUUCUUAACUAUAUUUAAAGAAAUGAAAUAUAUUGUGUAAAUAGACUGGGGGGAAAAAUGCGCAAUUGUAUAAAUUAAUAAACAGAAUGCAUACGGAUUAAAAAGUGUUUAUUUUGAGUAACAAAAUAUGAUAUUUCCUACAACACGGGGUACAUGAAGAAACAGAAAGUAGGCACAUGACUUUGCUGCAGCUGGAUGACAGUACUUUAAUAUGUUAGUAUCGGUAACAACAGGUAUCAGUGUGGGUUCACAUCAGCUCACAGUCACUUUGGCUUGUUAUCAAGUUAAACAUCAAGCUCAUAUGCGUCUAGAAUCUAAUGAAGUCAGGCUCAAUAUACGUUUUAUAAAACAGAAGUGUAUAAUAUUUCCUGCAUAGAAAAUACCAAGAACACGUAAUGCACUAGUUCAUGACUGUGUGAAUUUCAGUGUAAAAGCAAAAAUCGACAUCAUGUUAUCUGUAAAUGCUGCUGACAUUUAUUCAUUGACCACGAUGCUGCCGUUAAUAUGAAGCUCUAUAUAAAUGCCUUUGAUAUAUUUAAUCGUACAUUCAGAGAUUAUAAAUGGCACAAUAGGAGGGACACAUAUCAGAACAUCCUGUUAGUAUCAGUUUACUUUUCAUAUUUCAAAAUAAGAGCUGACCAGUUAAACACAGCUGGUAGAUUCAGUUCUAAUUGUUCCACCGCUUCAAGUGUAAAAAACAAACAUUCAUG